GGAUUGCAUUCAGUUCGUGCCGAAACGUCGUGUGGGUGAGUCGUCGUCGUUCGUUGUUCGUUUUCGUCGACGUCGUUGCGUCGUUAAACGCGCGUGCGUGCAACGCUUUAGAAGUGUAAAUAUAUUUGUGUACGUUUGUGUGAGAGUGUUUUCCACAAUUAGAAGUAACGGUGCGAAGGUGAAACUGGAAAAUCAACGAAGCGUUAUUCCUCCAAGUGCAUUUCCAACUUGCAGCGGAGUAGUUGCAAUUUGUAUUAUUAUUUUAUAUUUACCUGUCGCUUUGUGCUACAAGUGUCUAACAAAAGAGAAAGAGAGAAUCAAACAAAUUGUAAAUACGAAUAGUAUAUUUAAUCAAACAAAGUUCACAGCCGGUUUAGUCAUACGCAAAUUCUAAGAAUUACUUUGAGCGUUCUCGUUCUACAAGUGGAUGAAUAAACGUCACGAGAAUCGGCAACUGUGAGAAAUAUCUAACUAUCUUACAGUCUACAAGUGUGUGUGUAGUGUGUGUGUGCUUGCGCGAGUGUAUGUGUAGAUGUUUGUAUCUGUGUGCAUACAUAUAUCAGCUGUUACACUGCACUCUCUGACUUGAGUCUAAAUUGCGUACUUAUUAGGUAUUUGCUCUGUGCAAAGGCAGAGAUAAGAUACUAACAGAGACGGUGCCUAUAAUUCGCAUUCGUUGGCUAAAAACUGAACUUCUUGGCUCGUUGUCGUUGUGGUUUCCUAUUUGUGUUUAUCUUAUCGGUAGACCAUUGAUUGGGGGCCUUUUUGUGCCUUUUGCCUGAACAAUGCCGGGUGAAGUCAUUUGCGCAGCGACUAAGCAGCCAAGUCGCCAACUAGAUACAAUAUCUAAGCAGCAAUAACUCGAGCUGCCAAGUGCGAAAAAACCAGCCACGCAAUAUCUGGCUAAAUUUGGACACACACAAAAUACCAAACAAGGCAUUGGCCACAUAAAUCAACUGCAACAACUGCAGUUGCAACAGCAACAACAGCAACAGGAGCAACAGAAGCAACUGAAAAGAUGGACAUAGAAUCCGAUUCAGACACCUGGGAGGACUUUUUUGGCAGCACCACAGAGUUGGCACCUUCGCUUUUGGGUUUUUAUGACACACUGACAAACAGUUUGGCCGUUGGCGGUGGUGCGACAACCAACAAGAGUGAAGUCCAUACGGCGGCAACAGGCGAGUCAACACCUAAGCGCAGCAACAGCAACUGCAGCAGCAGCAGCAACACGAGCAACACAAGCAACAGCAGCAGCACAAGCCACAGCAGCAACACAAGCCACAGCAGCAUCAACAGCAGCGACAAUCAUUCGGGCAGCUACACACUUGACUCGAAGGCAAACUCCCACUUGGUGGCACCAAAAACUCCGACACCGCUGGUGGUUGCGGGUCUGCGUGAUGAGGCUGAUGGCGUGCAGCUGAGUCGGCUGGUGCAACGGCGUCAGGAGCUGGGCAGCAGUCAUAGCAUUGCCUCAAGUGGCAGUGGCAACGGCAACAUCAGCAGCAGCUCUCGGCGUGGCAACAACAUUCGUGUGCUAUCGCCGAAUGUGCAACGGAUCAUCACACACGCGGAUGCUGAGCCGGUGAAUGCAGUGGACAUUGAUGCACUGCAGCAGGCAUCGUUUCUGCCCUUGCAACGCAGUCCGACACCAGUACGUUGUGGCAAAUUCACAACAGGAACAACGACACCUGCCAAAUUAAAGCUGUCGCAUUUGCCGCUCUCCAAGAUCACGGGUAAACUGUCGACGCAAUCGGGCAGUGAUUUGGUGUCCACUUUUGAUGCCAGCAGCGAGUACGGCGCUCGAAAGGCUACGCCCGUGGAUGAAGAUAAAACGCCGACCAAUAAAGCGGCACCCGGAACGCCCUUUCACUUUGAGGGUCAACCGUUUGCCAAAUUAAAGUUAAGCCGCUACGAUUCCCAGCAGAGCAUCAAACUGAUUGAAAUGGAGCAACUGGCGGUGACCAGCUCAAAGCUAGCAGUGCCCACAACACCGCCCAGGCACAAGGAAUUCGUGGUGGCCAGUGAACCACUGAGUCCUGAACCCUUUGUGGACACCAUCAACUUUGAUCUGGUGGCCCAACACAUUGAACAGUUAACGCUAUGUGAUGUCGACCUGGGCGAGUUAGAGGAGCACACAGGAGCACCUCUGGUGGAGGCCAUCAACAAGCCAUUGAUUGGCAAGCCAUUGGUACGCAGUGUGUCAGCUCCCCGUGCCAGUUCCAACAGCUCCAACUCCAACUCCAGCUCCAACUCAACAUCUCCACUUCAGACCUAUGCCCGCACCAAGCUCAAGAGUCAGGGUCUGACCCACAAUGGCAAGGCGAGUACACUGGGUGGUGGCAUGCCACUUCGAUUGCCCACCGCCGAGCAGCUGGCUGAGUUGGAGGAAGCCAACAAGUUGUCUGCCGAGAGCCUUGACACUUUGACAGAUAUUAAACCGAAGUUUGCGGCGCGAUUAAGCGAAUUGACGCGUCUCAACAAUCGUCCAUUGUCAUCCUCUUCCAUCUGCUCGACAUCGUCUAGUUCCAGCUCGGGUUCUGAUCAACUGCUAAAUGGCAAACUGACAGCCACCUCUUACCUGGCCAGUGUCGAGAGUCUGGCCGAGAGCGAGAAUGAGCUGGGCGAUCAUCACCAAUCCCACACGGCUGCGAUGAGUGUGCUGGAACGUGCCUGCCUCGAAAUUCUGGACUCGGAGCGCAGCUUUGUCCAGGAUCUAGGUCAGGUUAUCAAGGGUUAUCUGUUAGACUGGAAGGAGCGCGCGUGUCUGCGAUUGGACGAAUUGCAAAUACUCUUUGCGAACAUUGAAGAGAUUUACGAAUUCAACUCGAUGCUGUUGCAGCAGCUUAUCAACUCUGGCAUGGAACCGGGAAAAAUAGCCAAAUGUUUCAUAAACCUACGGGAACGUUUUGAUGUGUACACAACCUAUUGCACAAGCUACCCGGAAGCCAUCUCGCUGUUGACCAAACUGCUGCAGGCCAAGCACACGAAUGCGCUGCUUGCCUCCACGCAGAAGCUGCUGCAACAUCGCCUGCCCCUUGGCUCGUAUCUGCUGAAACCGGUGCAACGCAUACUCAAGUACCAUUUGCUGCUGGACAGCCUGCGCAAGCAUUGCGAUGUCAAGGAGGUGGCCGAGGCGUAUGCCAUAAUGCGCCAGGUGGCCCACAAUAUUGAUCAAGUGAAGAAGAAGCAAGAGCAACAGAGUCGCGUCAAGGAGCUAUCUGGCAUACUGGACGGCUGGAUGGGACCAGAUCUCAGCGUACUACGAGAGCUGCGGCACGAGGGUCUCUUGAUGGAGCAGCACAACAAGGCGCGUCAGGUGCUGCUCUUUGAGACGAUGCUCAUCAUAACCAAGCAAAAGGAGGACGGUCGGCUGCAGUUCAAGAGCCUUAUAACACAAAAGAACUUGAUGCUCAGCGAACAUUUGCCAGGUGAACCGACCAGCUUCUAUGUUAUACCAUUCGAUGAGCCUCGCAAUCAAAUCAAACUGACGGCCAGAAAUCGUGACCAGAAGCGUAUUUGGACGCAGCACAUUAAAGGUGUUAUGCUCGAGGAGCUCGAUAUACCCACGCGAGCCAAGGAACUUGUCUAUCAGCUGGGCAACGAGGAAGAUCGUACGCCCGAUCGCAGCACUUGGAAGUGGAGUCUGCACUCGAGCAGCAAUUCGACACCCACGUAUUUGGAGCGGAGAAACGCGUGUCGACGCAGCGAGAUUCGUCAGCGUAAUUCCAAGUUCAAGAGGAAGACGGUGACCAAUUCCAGUUCCUUUGACAGCUUCAAUGAAUCCCUGGAACAGCAGCAAGAGGAUCAGCCACUAAAGCCCGUCAAGCCGCUGUCUCGCAACAACAGUCUGGAUGAUACAGCGCUUCAGAAAUUGGCAGCUGCAGUGCGAUAUCGUAGUGGCAAGCGAGAUUCAACGGAGCGGGAUUCCAAGGCGAAUCCUAGCAAGGAGCACUGCAAGUGUGGGGAUCAGGAGCAAUGCCUGUGCAUCCUGCGAGAUCAACGCAGUCGUACCAAGUCCCAAAGUCCAGUAUUCAGCUACAAGGCUCUGAAGGAACGCAGCAAAUCUGUGCCUCGCAUUGGGGACUUCAGUCUGGAUGAGCGCCCGGAGGCGGAUGAUGAUAGCGCUGCCUCAUUGCGGGGCAGCAAGCCGGAUCUGAGCGAGCGCAAAGCAAAGGGCAAGGGCUUCUUUGAGGUCAAGCAGUAUAACCAUAAGACAAUGCCCAAGAGAAUUGCGACACUAAAGAAGCAGCGCUGCAGUAGAAAGGAGAGCUGUUCCAAGUUCUACAUGGAUCUCAGUGAGUUUGACAGCACAGUCCUGAAGAUAACCGAGUCUACAGAGGACCUGGAGCUGGCCGAGGAGGCACAAGAGACGCCCGAUAUUCUGGAUCAGUCGCAGCAACAGUAUUACGUUGACCAAGUGGAGAUUGCAUCGCUUUCGCCGGCCGAGAAGUCCAAGCGAGAUGCCGAAAUUGUAUUGGAUCUGCUCAAGAAUAACAAGGAGUUCGAGCGUAUCUACAACAAAAACAAGCAGCAGAAGCAGCGACGGGAGAGCAGUCAAAAUGGGACUCCACUGAGUCCACUUAGUCCCUCACAGGAAGGACCUCCGUUGCCACCACGUCCGCCUUCGCGUUCGCCGCCACCGCUGGAGGCAGAGCAGGAGCAGCAGCUGGCACAGGCACUGCCACAGGAGGAGGAGCAGGAGGAACCUAUCUAUGAGACAUUACUUCGCAAUGUCCAUGUACCCUACAAAUUCUCGCCAGUGCUUGGGCGUGCCAAAUCCGUGCAAUACUUCAAGCCACGUGAGAAGCGUCCUCCAGCCCCACGACCCGAAUCGGAUUAUGUCACCUUGGUCUACUCGCCGGAGGGAGUGCUGCAGCGUGUGGGGGAGGAUGCAGUGCAGCAGCGCGAGAGCACCAGCUCGGAAUCCAGCUCCGGCUCCACGCUCAAGCGUGACAGUCAAUCGACUGUCAUCAAUCUUAGCCUGGAGUCCACUGGAGCAACAGACCGUGACACCGACCAGGGUGAUGCCCUCUAUGCACGUCCCAUACCAAAGAACCUAAUGAAGCGUCUGCUGAGCAAUGGCAGCCCUGGCAGCAAGGCAACCCUGGAGAAUGUUAGCCACUCGGAGAUCUCAUUGCUGCCGCGUGCGCUCAAAUCUAUUGACAACCUGAGCAUGGCAUUUGGACGCAGCAAUCGUCCGCCGGAGCGCAGAGUCUCCGAUGUCAGCGAAAUGUGCCGUCAGAGCAUAUUGCAUCGCCAGGGCAGCGAGGCGGUCGGUGAGCGUAUGGCCCAUGUCGACUAUGCGGAUCCCAAGACGCUCUUCAGCAUCAUCGCCAGCUCGGAGGCCUCUCUGCAGCGGGACUCUGUCUUCUCCUUAACCUCCUCAUCGUGCACGUCCAGUGAUAGCAUGUGUGAUCAACAGCGCAAACGGUCUGCCGCCGAGCUGGCAUCUUCCAGCUUUGAGUAUGAGCAGCAUGUCGAGGAUAGUCUGGAGAAUGAUUUUCGGGAUUCGGCCAUUUACAGCGAUGACAACAAUGAGAAACGCAGCGUUGACUAUGAGCUGAAAAGACCUCGCAGUCCUCCACCACCUCCCCCAACAGGCGGAUGUGGCUCUACACAUCAUGCGCCUCCUCAGAUAGCACCGAAGCCGACAAAGGCUGCUCUCCAGGAGCUGCUUGGCCAGCAUCCGGGUGCAAUUCUAUGUCCCCCGCAUCUCAGCCAGGCAGCAUCACGCAGCUGGGUGCUUCAACAGAUUGAGAAUUUCAACAAGUAGAUGGAGAUAGCAAUCGUCAAUCGUUAAUCGCCAGUUGCCAAUUGCCAUAUUUUCGUAAUUCCUUUUGUACGUUUUGUAUAUAGUUCUAUGUAAAUUAUACAUAUUUUAUGCAGUGUAUUUUUUGAUGUAGCUAAUUAGUAAUAAAUAUAUGUACAUUAUAAUUUUACAUACUUACAGUUGACUGUUUUGUAAUGAUUAGAAUAAAGUCGCAUAAUUGCAGAUUAAUAAAAAUCAAAUAUAUAACCUCUAUAA